AUGAAUAAGCCCAAGCCUGGCUUCUUUCGGCGCUUGGCCGACAGGCUCGCCACCGACUCGGAACCUGGGUUGACAAACACCCAACUUAUGUUAACGAACGAUGAUCUCAAACCAGUUGAGCCUGCGCGUCGUCAAUGGGGUCCCUGGAACUUUGUCGGCUUCUGGAUCGCCGAUUCAUUCAACAUCAACACAUGGAUGAUCUCGUCAUCCAUGAUCGUUGGUGGUCUGUCGUGGUGGCAGUCAUGGCUCUGUGUCUGGAUUGGCUAUGCCAUCUCAGGAUUAUUCAUCGCCUCCACGGGCCGCAUAGGUGCCACUUACCACAUUGGCUUCCCCGUUGUCAGUCGCUCGUCCUUCGGCAUCUGGGGUAGCCUUUGGCCUGUCUUCAACCGCGCCGCCAUGGCGUGUAUUUGGUACGGUGUCCAGGCUUACAUCGGAGGACACUGUGUGUACCUCAUGAUCCGCUCCAUCUGGAAGAGCUGGGACCGGGAGAAGAUCCACAAUACCUUUCCCGAGGACUCUGGAACAACUACAGCGGAUUACAUUUCGUUUUUCAUCUUCUGGUUCUGCUCACUUCCAGCUAUCUGGUUCCCUGUACACAAGAUUCGCCACCUCUUCACCGUGAAGGCCUAUUUCGUGCCAGCUGCGGGCGUUGCCUUCCUCAUCUGGGCUGUUGUCCGGGCCGGAGGUGUUGGUCCCAUCGUGAAGCAGCCCGCCAGAAUAUCAGGCUCCGAGCUCGCUUGGGAGUUCGUUAAGGGAGUCAUGAGUUCUAUUGCUAACUUCGCCACACUGAUUGUCAAUGAUCCCGAUUUCGCCCGUUUUGCUGGCAAGCCUAGAGAUGCUUUGUGGUCACAAGUCUUCACCAUUCCCAUCGGCUUCGCUGUCACAUCAUUCAUCGGCAUCAUCGUUUCGUCCUCCUCGACCGUCAUCUAUGGUGGCGAGCCCAUUUGGGACCCUCUGGAGCUCCUGGAGAGGUUCAUUGACGAUGGCGGCUCGGCCCAGCGCUUCGGCGUUUUCGUCAUUUCUGCUGCCUUCACCCUUGCGCAGCUCGGUACCAACAUCGCGGCCAACUCGGUCUCGGCCGGCACUGACAUGACAGCGCUGUUGCCACGCUGGUUGACCAUUCGUCGUGGCGGCUACAUUUGUGCUGCGGUGGGCCUGGCCAUGUGCCCCUACACUUUGCUUACAUCCAGCAACAAGUUCACAACCUAUCUUUCGGCCUAUAGCGUCUUCCUUUCGUCGAUUGCGGGAGUCAUGAUCUCCGACUACUACUUUGUCCGCCGUGGCUACCUCGAGGUCAAGGAGCUGUACGACGACCGCAAGACAGGGCCGUACUACUUCACCUGGGGUAUCAACUGGCGCGCCUAUGCUGCCUACAUUGCUGGCAUCCUGAUCAACGUCGUUGGCUUCGCCGGUGCAGUUGGCAGAGAAGUUCCGAUUGGAGCUACAUACAUUUACAACCUCAAUUUCUUCUGUGGGUUCAUCGUCUCGGCUGUCAUGUACUGGGGGCUGUGCAAGUUGUUCCCCAUUCCAGCUACGAGCGACAAGUGGCUGGAAGUGGGCGAUCUCAUCGACGAACUGAGACUCGCAUAUGACACCGAGAGCACUACCGAUGAUGUGGCGCAUACAAAAGCUGUGAAUGCAAUGGUCUAA